AUGAGGGCAUAUUCUAUCAGCGUAAAAGCAAAACCGGCAACUAUGUCCAUUAUAGAGUUGACAGUUCGUGAUAAUUCCGGGGGUGUUGUGAACGCGACAGGCGGACUGAAGAAUACGGGCAGGGAUGGUAAUCCAUUGCCGCCCAUCACAGGUGAAGGUGAUACCAACAGUACUGACCACUUCACCGUACCCGGAAUUAACCAUGGUGACGAGGGCGACGACAUCCUUAUGACGGACGAACAGCUGGCCGCUCUCAACCUCAGCAGGUUAGCCAGGGACGAGCUCGAUGACAUGAUGCUGACGCGAGAGCAGCUGGCUGACAUCCUCAGCAGAAAGGCCACCACGGACCUCUGGAGACACUGGCCCGAUGUCAACGGUUUUCCACACAUUCCUUACACGUUUGAGGACGCCCUGGUGGACCAGACGAAGGUCGAGGCGGCCAUCCAGCACUGGAGGGACCACACCUGCCUCACCUUCACCGAGGUCCCCAACACGAGCACGGGGGAACGCAUCAAGUUCAUUCGGCACGCUACCUCCUGCAACUCCUACGUGGGGAUGGUCAGCGGCACUACCGGGCAGAUCAUUAAUGUGCCCGUGUGGUGUGAGGACUCGUUUGGCAGUCUGGUUCACGAGAUCGGGCACGCCAUAGGGCUCUGGCACGAGCAAUCGAGGUCAGACCGAGAUGACCACGUCGUAAUUCUCGAGGAUAACAUCAUUUCAACAUCGCUUCACAACUUCAACAAGUGGACGACCAACAAUUACGGG